AUGGAUGGUGAACACGUCCCUACGGGCGAAAAAAGCGAAAAAAGCUGCGAGGAGCUUAAUCGCAUCAAGUCCGAAACUGAAGGUACAGGAUUUUCUCCAAUUACCCACGUGGCGACCAAUGACGAGCAUCAUGAUGCGGCGGACAAGCGGCUAUCGAGACGUUCCCGCUCCCGCUCACAGUCUCUUGAGCGAAGCUGGUCAUUGAAUGACGGCGUGAGUAUCGGAGACGAGGAGCUUGAAGGCGAGGCGAACGAAGCGGGACAAGACGAGGAUGAAGAUCGGGAAUAUACCGUGCGCUGGGACGAGAAUGAUCCCAUGAACCCGAGAAAUAUGAGUAAAGCGAGGCGGUGGAUGAUAGUCGUCAUUGUUUCGUCUGGCUCUCUUUGUGUGACGUGCACGUCUUCAAUGUACACCACGACGUAUGUCCAGUUGAUGAAAGAAUUCAACUGUUCUCAAGAAGUGGCAACCCUGGGAUUGUCGUUCUUCAUUUGGGGACUAGGUAUCGGACCACUAUUUCUCAGUCCGCUGUCCGAGUUCUACGGCCGGAGAGUUAUCUACAUCACUUCUUUCUCAUUAUUUCUGAUAUGGCUGAUUCCCUGUGCGGUGGCAAAAAAUAUCGAGACUAUGCUGGUCUGCCGCUUUUUCAAUGGCCUAGCAGGAAGUGCUUUUCUCAGUGUUGCUGGUGGCACGGUAGGUGACAUGUUCGGUCGACAGGAAUUGGCAUUUCCCAUGAUGCUCUAUACUGCCAGUCCAUUCGUCGGACCCGAAGUUGGCCCUCUGGUCGGUGGCUUCAUCAACGAAUACACCAACUGGCGGUGGACAUUCUAUGUGUUGUUGAUAUGGACGGGGGUGCUGCUUGUUUCGAUAAUCUUUCUAGUACCUGAGACUUACCAUCCGGUACUUUUAAGACGCAAGGCCCAAAAACUUCGCAAGGAAACCGGGGAAGACCGAUACAUCGCUCCGAUUGAAAAAUUACACCGGUCUGUAGCGCAGACAGUCUUGCGAUCUAUGUAUCGGCCCAUUCUUCUGUUGGCACUAGAACCGAUGUGCUUGAGCCUCUGUAUAUUCUCGGCAAUCCUGCUGGGAAUUCUUUAUCUGUUCUUCGGUGCCUUUCAACUGAUCUUCGAACAUGUCUAUGGGUUUCCGCUAUGGCAACGGGGUCUAUGCUUCUUGGGUAUCUUUGUCGGUAUGGUUUUUGCCAUUCUUUCAGAUCCAAUCUGGCGCCGCAACUAUGAGCGACUGGAACGAAACUUUCAGAGCAAGAUAGGCCAGUCUGAUGAUUUUCAACCGGAAUGGAGACUUCCUUCAGCAAUCCUCGGCGGGCCUCUGGUCACUAUCGGACUUUUCAUUUUUGCAUGGACAGUCUAUGCUGACGUGCACUGGAUCGCUCCUAUCAUCGGCAGUGCUGUUUUUGGAGCAGGGGUCAUCCUGGUAUAUGCAGGCAUCUUCACAUUUUUGGUGGAUGCCUAUCCCACCUUUGCCGCUAGCGCUCUAGCAGCGAAUAGCUUCAUGCGUUCAAGCUUUGGAGGGAUAUUUCCUCUGUUUGGUAUCCAGAUGUACAACAAUCUUGGGUAUCACUGGGCGACUUCGCUGCUAGCCUUUCUCACCCUUGCCAUGCUUCCCUUUCCGUACAUCUUCUUCCGAUAUGGAAGUCGUAUUCGACAAAAGAGUCGCUUUGCCACCCAUCAAACGUGA